AACUAGUAAAAUGAAAAUAAAUCUCCAGCCAACCAAAGCUCAGCCAAAACGAACGAAACGGAGCGCAAAAGAGAGACAGUCAUAGGAAGAUAACAGAGAGAGAGAGAGAAGAUGGCAAUGGCAAUGGCACUUCGUCGACUCUCCUCUUCGGUUGACAAGCCACUCCAGCGCCUCGUCAAUGGCGGAUCCGUCUAUUACAUGGCGUCAUUGCCGAAUGAAGCUGUGUACGAGAAGGAGAAAACUCGUGUCUCAUGGCCAAAGCAAUUGAAUGAUCCACUUGAAGUUGUCGAUCCUGAGAUUGCCAACAUCAUCGAGCUCGAAAAAGCAAGACAAUGGAAGGGACUGGAACUUAUACCCUCAGAGAAUUUCACCUCUGCAUCUGUGAUGCAAGCAGUGGGGUCUGUAAUGACCAACAAAUACAGUGAAGGAUAUCCGGGCGCUAGAUACUAUGGUGGAAAUGAGUACAUUGAUAUGGCCGAGUCCUUGUGCCAGAAGCGUGCCCUGGAAGCAUUUCGGUUAGAUCCGGCUAAGUGGGGAGUGAAUGUGCAAUCUCUGUCUGGAUCUCCAUCUAAUUUUCAAGUUUACACUGCCUUAUUGAAACCUCAUGAAAGAAUCAUGGCUCUUGAUCUUCCUCAUGGUGGGCAUCUUUCACAUGGCUAUCAGACUGACACAAAGAAGAUAUCUGCCGUUUCUAUAUUUUUUGAGACAAUGCCAUAUAGAUUGAAUGAGAGCACGGGCUAUAUCGACUACGAUCAGCUGGAAAGAAGUGCCACACUCUUCAGGCCAAAGCUAAUAGUUGCUGGUGCUAGUGCUUAUGCACGCCUCUAUGAUUAUGCACGCAUUCGCAAGGUCUGUGACAAGCAGAAAGCUAUCUUGUUGGCAGAUAUGGCACACAUCAGUGGGUUGGUUGCAGCUGGAGUCAUCCCAUCACCAUUUGAUUAUGCUGAUGUGGUGACGACGACAACCCACAAGUCCCUUCGUGGGCCACGCGGUGCCAUGAUUUUUUUCAGGAAGGGAGUGAAGGAGAUUAAUAAACAAGGACAAGAGGUGUUGUAUGACUAUGAAGACAAAAUCAAUCAGGCUGUCUUCCCAGGACUUCAAGGGGGUCCACACAACCACACAAUCACUGGCUUAGCAGUUGCUCUGAAACAGGCUACGACUCCGGAGUUCAAAGCCUAUCAAGAGCAAGUUCUCAGUAAUUGCUCAAAAUUUGCACAGACCUUAAAUGAGCAUGGCUAUGAGCUUGUUUCUGGCGGGACUGAGAACCACUUAGUUUUGGUGAACUUGAAAAAUAAGGGUAUUGAUGGUUCCAGAGUUGAGAAGGUGUUGGAAGCUGUUCAUAUUGCAGCAAACAAGAACACUGUUCCUGGAGAUGUGUCUGCCAUGGUUCCUGGCGGCAUCAGGAUGGGAACUCCUGCUCUCACUUCCAGGGGAUUCAUCGAGGAGGAUUUUGCCAAAGUUGCCGACUUCUUUGAUACUGCUGUAAAGUUGGCUGUGAAGACAAAGGCUGCAACUAAAGGGACAAAGUUAAAAGACUUUGUGGCAACAAUGCAGUCCAGUGCAAUCCAAUCGGAGAUUGGAAAGCUCCGACAUGAUGUUGAGGAGUAUGCAAAACAAUUCCCAACGAUCGGAUUUGAGAAAGAAACCAUGAAAUACAAAAACUGAAAGCAGAAUCCUGCUGCGCCAGGCAUCAAGCCAGACAAUACAUCGUUUUACAAGUUGAUGGAGGGGCAUUGAGUUCCAUUUGGGUAACAUGUUGAGGAUGUGGCUGUAGAGCUUUUGUCAGUUAUAUCCAAAGUGAUCUUGUGUUACAUCUCCAUGUAAGUAUAUAUGUAUACUAACUGAGGCCCUUUUAAGGGAAUAAACUUAUCGUAAUUACGAAAGAGCUUCUUCA